GCAGUGACACUCCCGGCGUAAAUAUAGCGCACGUCGAUGCAACUCGCAUGUUCCGGCACUUGGAAAAGCGUUCAGCGUCGUGUUGUUGGAUUAGCUUCGAAUGUGUCGUAAAAUAAAAUGGGCAAAUAGUUCCCAGCGCGUGUCACGUGACCGGCCGACGUCAGGCCGCGGGGGCGGGGCGUGUGUCUGACGUACGCUGCGAGGAUCGCUGGGUUUUGAUCGCGACUUCGAGCUUGUGUUUGGAAUCGUGCUUCUCUCGCCGCGCUGCUUCGUCGCCAGAGAUGAGCAGCGAGAAGCCGCAGUACACGCCGGUGGAGGCGGGCGCUUCUCCUCCGCUGCUGCCCGGGCAGCCAGUGUUUCCCGGGGCUGCCGCGCCAGGCCCCUGCGUGUAUGGCGGACCUCCGAUCGGGCCUCCCAUCGGGCUCCCGUACCCACCGCCAGUGGCCUUCGGCGGGCCCGUGGAGCCUCCUGGUGGGUUCGGAUAUGGCGGCGCUCCGAACCCCGCGGCGGAUCACCUCAAAUUCAUGCACAGUGCGGACAACGUUCACCACAGUGAGGAAGACCCGCCAGCCUUCCACGACAACCAGGACUUUAUUGAAGGCUUUGGCCUGGACAACAAGAGCAUCAGGAGAGCCUUCAUCCGGAAGGUGUUCCUGGUGCUGACCGCUCAGCUCACAGUGACCCUGGCCUUCGUGGCCGUGUUCACCUUUGUCGACGAAGUCAAGCAGUUUGUGCGGGUCAACAGCUGGACGUACUUCGUGUCCUACGGUGUCUUCUUGGCGUCGGUGCUGGCCAUCAGCUGCUGUGGCAGUUUUCGCCGUACGCACCCCUGGAACCUGAUCGCCUUGUCCGUCCUCACGCUCAGCCUGUCCUACAUGGUGGGGAUGAUUUCCAGCUACCACGACACGGACACCGUGAUCAUGGCGGUGGGCAUCACGGCCGUCGUCUGCUUCACUGUGGUCAUCUUCUCGCUGCAGACAAAGUAUGACUUCACUUCCUGUUACGGCGUGCUCUUCGUGUGCUUGAUCGUCCUCAUCGUCUUCGGCCUCCUCUGCAUCUUCAUCCGGGACAGGAUUCUGCACAUCGUGUACGCCGGCCUGGGAGCGCUGCUCUUCACCUGUUUCCUGGCGGUGGACACGCAGCUGCUGCUGGGCAACAAAGAGAUGGCUCUGAGUCCCGAGGAGUACGUCUUCGCCGCCCUCAACCUCUACACGGACAUCAUCAACAUCUUCCUCUACAUCCUGGCCAUCGUUGGCCGAGCCCGCGGCGGCUGACGGGCUCCGCCGCGUGAGAAAACGACACCUGCUUUGUCUUGUAGUUGCACUGAAAACCCUCCCUUGUCUGUGUUUGAUUUAUUAUGAUUUUUAAUAUAUGCACACAUGUAGUGAAAAUCGGACUGUGUGGUUCUACUAACCGAUGGAUUGUCGAUGCUGUAUUUUCCUUUCGCUGGAUUAAAGUUUUACGCGGUG